UGGACGAGAACACGUGACUACUUCAAUCGCUCUACUUCGCAGAACGUCAAGUCGUUGCGUUAAGUCAUUUUACUCGUCGAUCGCUCCAACAGAAUGAUCGUUUCACCUGCACGAAUUGGCAGUUCUACGACAGCUCUGCGCAGAUAUUUUAAUUGUUGGACAGCUGCAAUUACAAAGAAACACAGAGCAACAUAUGAGUGCACAUAUCCUACAACACUCGUUUUCUCAGAUGGAAGCAGUAUAGAGAUCGAAUACCAUGAGCCACGGAAGAUAAUAGUUCUUCCAUUUAAUAUGGCAGACCUUACAGAGGAAGAACAGAAAAAGAAGCUUGAAAUGUGUAAACCGAAAACAAAGAUAGUUAUAACUGAGGACAUUGAGGACAACUUUGAUGAAAAUAGGUAUCUUAACUUUAAGAAGUGAUCUUAAUAUUUCUGGAAUCUGUAUUAUACCUGUUAUUUAUAUCAAAGUACAAAAUUACUCCUUUGAAACAUUUAUGCAAGUUUUUUUAUUUGUAUUUUUUAUUUGAUAUGAUAUCCCACUGUUACGCAUUUUUACCAUAAUAAUAUAAAUACUAUUUAAACUCUUGUGAUCUAUACUUCAAAGCCAAACAGCAAUGAAGAGACUAAAUCUGUACUAUAUUGUAUUUGGUUACUAUAGCACAUUGUAUUUAUUGUAAAAUAAGAAUGCAUACAUAGAUAAUAAAUAUUACAUAAUAUUGUAA